UUGUGGUGUUAAACGAGAGGGAAAUAAGGAGGGAAAUAAGACUAGGCAACAAGGUGAGGGCAUUCUCAAUAGGCUUCUGGUUUGUCCGCAAAUGUUCGCAAAUGUCGCUUGCCUUUUAUUAAACGCUGCUUUGUUCUGUUUUGUUCUCAAAUGUCGGUUGUUCGCAAAUGUCGCGACGUUCUUUCAAUUUUAUUGCCUUCUAGUAAACGCGAAAUUCUCUGAACAUUUUUUAUUCUGGCAUUCUGUCUUAUUUUUAUUCUGUCUUUAAAUUGAGGACGACACUUGCGGACCGACAUUUGCGGACAUCUACUAAGAAUACAUCUACUAAAAUACAUCUACUAAGACAUCUACGGACAUCUACUUCCUGCCUUAUAGAUUUUAUAAAGUGUCGUUAGGUGAGUGACACUAUCAAUAUUUUACUACAUGCGUAGCUUAUAAUGCUGUACUAGACCCAAUGUCAUUUAGUUCCAAUUUCAAUAGGCUUCGGGUUUGUCCGCAAAUGGCGGCUGUUCGCAAAUGUCCGUUGUCCGCAAUUGUCGUUUGUUCGCAAUUGUCGCAACAAUUUUUUGCCAGUAUUUUAGCUAUUUUUCUCGAUUUUUUUAUCAGUAUUUCUCCCCUAAAAAAUCAAGUUACUUUAUUAUUUUACAUGUAUUUUCUAUUUAAAUCAGAAGCAAAAAAAUUAAUUUCAAUCAUUUCACUUAAUCGAUUCCCUUCAAUUAAAAGAAUAUUUUCACGUCUGGGAAUGGAUAACAAUAAAAAUGAUAAUAUUAAAAACAAUUCUACUACUCCUCCAAAAUUCACUGUUGGAUAUUUAUUUGCUAAUCCAGACACUGCUAUUUCUUCUAUUAAAGUAGGGGAAAAUGAAAAAAAAUUUUUUACUUAG